AUGGAAUACAAUUUUAUUAGUAAGGCUACACUUGAUGAUAUAAUUAAUAAAUAUAUAAGUUCUCUACCAGAUUGUCGUCAAGAAAAAGCCUUAGUUAAUAUGAAUCUUUUUGAACGAAUAAAAAAAAUAUUACUUAACCCUUUUGACAAAGAAAUUGACACAAAAACUACACGUAAAUGGGCUAAAAAACGCUUUAUUCUUGAAGAAAUUACUUCAGAAGACUAUAGAAUUAUUGUUAAAAAAGAUAAUAAACCUGUUUUAAAAGUUAAAAAUAUGUAUAAAGUACUAUGCAGAACGCAUGCUGAAAUUGAUAAUCAUGUAGGUCAAAAGCAACUAUGGGGUUUAAUUGAUGAAUUAUUUAUCCAAGGUAUUUAUGAUAAAGAAAAUAUUCCUGAAGCGAUCAAAAUUGUAGAUUUUGAAAAUUCUGAUGAAAAUUUAGAUGAUGAUUUUGAUUUUAACGAAAAUUUACUUA